AUGCAGUGCUUUUUGACACAAAAUGAUAGCGUUUUGUGCGAAGCGAUUGACGCACAAAAUGCCGUCAUUUUCGCAAUGAAGUGGAAUUGUAUUGACUUUAUGCCCAAAACAAGGGUCCAAAUGAUGGCCAAUACUCUCGACGAAAGCACUUCCAAAGCAUUUGUCUGCCAUUUCGGUGAUUGCGGCAAAAGUUACGCUAAAAGCCACGAAUUGGCGAAACACAUGAAAUCACACAUCAAUACAGUGUUUGUCUGCGAUGUCGACGACUGCGACGAAGAGUUUGAUUCAAAGCAACGAUUAUUACGACACAAACGCUCGCACCUGGAGUUUGAAUGCUAUGACUGCGACCAACGGUUCGCCGAAAUGUCUGAUUUGUAUCGACACAGGAGUACCGCUCAC